AGCUCUUUACCUCCCCACCCGAUGAGAACGGGUGACGUCAGAGUUGAAGCUGGACCAACAUGGCGGCCGUCCUGAGGCUUGUAAACAGAGGCACCUUAAGUUCAGCAAUGGGGCAGCAGUAUCUGACGUUUAGCUCCGCACCAAAGGUCCAAGCAGUGGGUGUCAGAGCGGGUCAAGCUCUUCCAGAAAGGGUGAAAAUAGUGGAGGUGGGACCCAGAGAUGGCCUCCAAAACGAAAAGACUAUUGUGCCCACAGAGACGAAAAUUCACCUGAUUGACAUGUUGUCAGCCUCAGGGCUGCCAGUCAUUGAGGCCACCAGCUUUGUAUCUCCAAAAUGGGUUCCACAGAUGGCAGACCAGGUGGAGGUGAUGAAGGGAAUCAGUAGGAUACCAGGAGUAUCUUACCCAGUCCUCACCCCCAACCUCAAGGGUUUCCAGGCCGCUGUGAAAGCAGGAGCCUCAGAGGUGGCCAUAUUUGGUGCUGCGUCUGAGCUGUUCAGUAAGAAGAACAUAAACUGCUCAGUGGAUGAGAGUUUACAGCGCUUCAAUGACGUUAUGAAAGCAGCCAAAGAGGCUGGUGUGCCAGUUAGAGGUUAUGUGUCAUGUGUUGUUGGAUGUCCGUAUGAAGGCAAGGUGGCACCUGAAAAAGUUGCAUAUGUAGCUAAACGUCUGUACUCCAUGGGCUGCUACGAAAUCUCCCUCGGUGACACUAUAGGAGUGGGGACCCCAGGUAGCAUGAUUGAAAUGCUGGAGGCAGUGAGCAAAGAGGUGCCAAUCAGUGCCUUGGCAGUACACUGCCACGAUACCUACGGGCAGGCCCUGGCUAACAUCCUCGUAGCCUUACAGAUGGGAAUCGGUGUCGUUGACUCAUCGGUGGCUGGAUUGGGUGGUUGUCCGUAUGCCCAGGGGGCUUCUGGGAAUGUUGCUACUGAAGAUGUAGUCUAUAUGCUGCAUGGACUUGGGAUUCAAACAGGAGUGGACCUCUCAAAGCUGAUGGAUGCUGGAGCUUUUAUCUGUCGAACACUCAACAGGAAGUCCAACUCUAAAGUGGCACAGGCAGUCUGCAAACUGUAGACACAAAUCAACCUGUUGGCUCUCUCCCAUACUGUACACUGCAGCGUAAUCAUGUAACCUGGAGCCAUCAUCUGCUGUUUGCACAGUUCUUAGUUUGAUUUACCUUCUACCACUAUGAGAGUAUUACUUUUAAUAUUUCAGUGGUAGUUACCCCACCUUUUUGUUUCUGAAUAAAAUAUCUGAUUAGAUGUUCACUAAAUGAAAGUAUGGCUGGAACAGUGCCUUAUGUAAAGUCAGUCUAAUCAUACACAUCCUACCAGUCAGAAGCAAUGCCUUCACCUGUUUCUUUAAUAUGGUGCUUACAUUUCUUCCUGGGCAGUGGAGAAGCAGAAGUGAAGCACAUACUUUGUUUAUUAUGAUAUAAACUCACUGUUGGUGUCAGACAGAGACAGAACUGUGUGCAGUGAUCACUGUCAGAUGAAUUAUCGAAGGCAUCUAUGGAAAUGACCAGCCUUUGAAUUUGGGCAUUUUACUAGCCUGUGGAAAAAUGUUGGUGUGCUGUAUUCCACUGAUCUUCAAAAUGUGUUUUUAUUUUAAAUUGUAGGAUUUCUAGUUUUACUGGAUUAUUUAUUUUAAAAUGUACAUAUCCAAAAAAAUUCUGAAAAUAAAAAUAAAUGCUUAUUUCUUAAA